UCCCACCCGCUCCACCACCACAAGCUCAAAGGCUAGAGUGAGGGCAGCUGGGUGAGCUACAAUGGACAGGAGAGUGGGGACCGAGGCUUUGGGGCCCCUGAGAAGCUGAAGAUAGCACUGCCACCACCCCCACAAUCUGGGGACACACAGCCUGUCACUGGCAAAAGGAAGGAGGGGCAUAGCACAGCUGUGUGACCUUAGACGGAGGCCGGGGAGCCAUGGGCGACUGGGGCUUCCUCGAGAAGCUGUUGGACCAGGUCCAGGAGCACUCCACUGUGGUGGGCAAGAUCUGGCUAACCGUGCUUUUCAUCUUCCGCAUCCUCAUCCUGGGCCUGGCUGGUGAGUCGGUGUGGGGCGACGAGCAGUCUGACUUUGAGUGUAACACGGCGCAGCCGGGCUGCACCAACGUCUGCUAUGACCAGGCCUUCCCGAUCUCCCACAUUCGCUACUGGGUGCUGCAGUUUCUCUUCGUCAGCACGCCCACCCUGGUCUACCUGGGCCAUGUCAUUUACCUGUCCCGGCGUGAGGAGCGGCUGCGGCAGAAGGAGGGGGAGCUACGGGCGCUGCCGGCCAAGGACCCACGCGUGGAGCGGGCACUGGCGGCCAUAGAGCGCCAGAUGGCCAAGAUCUCAGUGGCGGAGGACGGUCGCCUGCGGAUCCGAGGGGCGCUCAUGGGCACCUACGUGGCCAGCGUGCUCUGCAAAAGCGUGCUGGAGGCAGGCUUCCUGUACGGCCAGUGGCGUCUCUAUGGAUGGACCAUGGAGCCUGUGUUCGUGUGCCAGCGCGCACCCUGCCCCUACCUCGUAGACUGCUUCGUCUCUCGGCCCACGGAGAAGACCAUCUUCAUCAUCUUCAUGCUGGUGGUCGGACUCAUCUCCCUGGUCCUCAACGUGCUGGAGCUGGCUCACCUGCUGUGCCGCUGCCUCAGCCGGGGGAUGAGGUCACCACCGGGCCAGGACACCCCCCCGACUCAGCGGAACUCCUCGGAGCCCUACGCUGACCAGGUCUUCUUCUACCUCCCUGUGGGCGAUGGACCCUCAUCCCCGCCAUGCCCCACCUACAACGGGCUCUCAUCCAGUGAGCAGAACUGGGCCAACCUGACUACAGAGGAGAGGCUGGCUUCUUCCAGGGCCCCCCUCUUCCUGGACCCACCUCCCGAGAGUGGCCAGAAAUCCCCCAGUCGCCCCAACAGUUCUGCUUCCAAGAAGCAGUAUGUGUAGGGGUCCGGGGCUCCUGUCACCCAGCAGAGGGGCCCCAGAAAAUGUGGUUGCCUUGGAUACCCCCUCCAGGAAGACUGCAGGGAUGAGGGGGGCAGUGGAAGCCAGUGCUUGCUGGCCAGGCAGCCUCAUUGCAGCCUGUUUUUGAACAUACGGGGCCUUCCUGGUGAGCAGAGGGCACCGUGGUUUCCCCUCCAGAAUGUGACUUUGCCCCAGGCAUGGACCAAGCCAGCUUGGGGUGCUCUUGGCUAAGGCUGUUGUGGCAUCUCUGGACUUUUUCAUCUGGUUCAGAGCAAGCCUGGAGCCAGUGUCACCCCACCCUCUGCCCACGUGCCCCUCACAGGAGAAGGCUGGUCGAGGCUGCUGGGUCGGCCUUGAUCACACGCACGGAGCCUGCGCUGGGUCUGGCCCUGUCCGGGGGACUGGUGUCUCGUUCUCAUCACUCCUUCCUAGUUCCACUGUUUAUGCUUCUAAAAUAAACAAGACUUGAUCACA